GAAGGAGGGACUUUGUUGAGCGCUGCGUUGGUGGAUGCUUUCCAGUCACACAGGAGGACCGGGGACCUGAAGAAAAGCACUUUUCGGGAUUUUCACAGACUCACAGGCUAUUCCCCCCCCCCCCAGACUGCAUAAUUCACACAGCAGACAAACAACAGAUCGAUAAAUAUGAAGAAUCCCCUGUACUGGGCUAUGCUGGUCGGGAUGACCGUCCUGCUGAUGGAGCAAGGGUUGCCGGUCCGCAGCCAAGGGGACUCUCACUCCGACAACAAAGUGAUGGACAAUAUCACCGUCCGACAAGGAGAGACGGUCUUUCUCAGGUGUGCACAGGGGGACGUUGUCACACACACAGCAUGGCUAAACCGCUCAAGUAUACUGUACGCCGGAGAAGACAAAUGGUCGGUGGAUCCCAGAGUGAGUCUGGUGACCCUUAAUCAAGAGGAGUUUACCAUCAAGAUUGAAAACGUGGACAUGACAGAUGAGGGCCAGUAUGUGUGCGCAGUCCAGACGAGCAGUCGACCGAGAACCACCUCAGUGCACAUCCUCGUCCAAGUGCCACCAGAAAUCAUCAACCUGUCGAAAGAUAUUGUGGUAAAUGAAGGCUCCAAUGUCACCCUGAUGUGCCAAGCCAGCGGUAAACCAGAGCCUUCCAUCAGCUGGAAACUCCUCUCCUCCUCAGGGGACCUGGGAUCAGACGAUGAGUACCUGGAAAUCCCAUCUAUCUCCAGACAGAAAGCAGGGACGUAUGAAUGCACAGCUGUCAACGAGAUUGACACAGCUGUCAAGACCCUAGACAUCACCGUCAACUAUGCUCCGACUGUGUCAGAGGGCAGAGAUGUUGGAGUGACUCUGGGCCAAAGAGGAGUGCUGGAGUGUGAAGCUGAUGCAGUGCCUGAGGCAGAUUUUGAGUGGUAUAAGGAGGACAGAAGGAUCCUCAAUGGCUUGCAUGGCAUGGAGAUUGUGAGCACUGGAUCGCUGUCGAAGCUGACAUUUUUCAAUGUGUCUGACGGAGAUUACGGCAACUACACUUGUGUCGCCGUCAACAAACUCGGGAGCGCAAACACAAGCUUCCUUCUGUAUGUGGUAAUAGAACCCACUAGCUCAACGCUAUUGCAAGGGCCGAGAGCAGUUCAGGAUGGCAGCGGUGGCGCAAUGGGAGUGCACUCACACACCUGUCUCCUCUUCAUAGUGCUUCUGCCGUUCCUGCUCCGAUUUUGAAGAGGAAUGGAUUUGAACACAAGUAUUUUGGGUGCGAGCGUGUGCGUCUGUGUGUGUGUGUGUGUGUGUGUGUGUGUGUGUGUGUGUGUGUGUGUGUGUGUGUGUGUGUGUGUGUGUGUGUGUGUGUGAGAGAGAGUGUGUAUGUGUGUGUGUAUAUGUGUGUCUGUGUGUGUGUGUGUGUUUUAUUUUUAUUUUUUUCAACCGGAACCAUAAACUGAUGCACAGUGAGUGCAUGAAGUAUCCUGCUACGUAAAGUUGUUGACCCACUAAAUAAGUACGUAACAAAAGUUUUUUGUUUUUAGAUUUCAAGGAUGUAACAAAUGUUUCACAUUUCAAUUGAAUUAUGUUGGAAUUUUUCUCUCUAAAUUAUAUAAUUCUGGAUUAUCUCUUUUUACAUAUACUGUAUGUCUCGGAAGGGGGAAAAAAAAAAAGUUUUUUUUAAAUGUGGUGUCUCUUAUUCAAAUGCAUUUGUCUUAAUUUUGAAUCGCAUUGCAUAUUCAUCUCAACUCCAGGAAAAGGCUAAUUUACAGCAAGUAUGAGAGGUGAAUAUUAAAUACCUCAAAGUCAAACCGAGACAGUGAAGCAGAAGGAAUUUAGGUUACCCUGAGGCUGAAAGCCUGGUAUUAUCAUAUUUCAAUGUAUAAUAAUUAUCAUUCAGUCUGGUUGGUGAAAGAGAAUUGUUUUUGACCUUCAAGUAUUUUUGUUCCCAGCAUUAUAGUGAUUGCAGUUGUGUCAUGCUAAUAUUUUAAUUUAAUCUUUUUUUCAAUUAUUUAGUUUUAAAUAUUUUUGAGAAGGGAAAAUAUGAAGUUGUAAUUAUUUAGGACAAAUAUCCUAGUUGUAUGUCUUUUUUUUCUUUUCUUUACUAGUACAGUUGUACACACAAAAAUGGUGUCAAGAAUAAUUAUGCUAUAAUUAUGUGGUUAAAAAUGGAGGAAGAGUUGUUUGGAGUCAACGUCUGACUUAUACAUAAUGCAAACGUAUUAAUGCUGUUGCUACUUGUUUGAACACCAUGCUAUUUCUACACGACAGUUAUUUGAGAAAAUGCUCCUGUUCAUGUUCCAAACCAGCACUGGAGGGUUAGAGACCACUCAGUGAUGGUGCGUGUCCAUUGUCAGCGCCAUUUCUAUGGGAGCAGCCGUGCAAUGCAUUCUGGUAGCGUCGCGGGGACUUUGAAGAAUCAGGGAGUUGAGUCGCCCGCUCCUCAUUUGCAUAAAGUUGAAUCCAGCCAACUUUAUGCAAGGCUCGCCGCCUCUCAAAAGCUGACCUUUGUCGUUCUGAAAUGAAGACAGAUUCAGGAAC